UUAUGCACGUCCCGCCCUUCAAAGGCUGACUAAGCUGCCGAACCCCAAAAUCUACUCUACGUUUUGCUAUUUUCUAGUUUUAGAUUAAACUCAAAUCAUUUAAAUUUUUUUUUCUCUCUCAAAAAGCAAUAGCGCUUUCAAUUUCUUCUAACGAUCUCUCCAACUUUCCUUUUUCUUUUUAUUUUUUUCCUUUUAAUGUUCGUGAGCUACACGCUUGUUUUCCAGUUUCCUCAUCUAUAUUUAAAGCACGCGGGUUUCGAAGUGAGGAGUCAUUAACGGAUUGCAUUUUCUAAAGAGUGAAGAGGCCAGGGAAGAGUGAUAAUGGAGACGGAAGCGAACGGGGCGAGUGAGAACGCGGGUCGGGUCAUGGACGGACCGACGAACCCGAUGGUCACUCCUCUUCUAACCGAUCUUUAUCAGUUCACCAUGGCUUACGCUUAUUGGAAAGCCGGCAAACACAACGACCGAGCCGUGUUCGAUCUAUAUUUUCGGAAGAAUCCAUUUGGUGGUGAAUUUACAGUGUUUGCUGGUUUGGAAGAAUGCAUAAAGCUCAUUGCUAAUUUCAAGUUAACUGAGGAAGAGAUCUCCUUCAUCCGUAAAAGCUUGCCUGGUUCAUGUGAGGAGGGUUUUUUCAGUUAUCUAAGAGAAAUUGACUGUUCUGAUGUCGAAGUGUAUGCUAUUUCAGAGGGAACAGUUGUUUUCCCAAAGGUACCCCUGCUUAGAGUUGAAGGGCCAGUCGCUGUGGUUCAAUUGCUGGAGACUCCAGUUCUGAAUCUUGUAAAUUUUGCAUCCUUAGUGGCUACAAACGCUGCUAGACAUAGACUUGUUGCUGGAAACUCUAAAAUGUUGCUUGAGUUUGGGCUUCGACGGGCUCAGGGACCUGAUGGCGCUAUAGGGGCUUCAAAGUAUUGCUAUAUGGGAGGUUUUGAUGCUACAAGCAAUGUUGCAGCAGGGAGGUUAUUCGGGAUACCUCUUCGUGGGACACAUUCCCAUGCUUUUGUUAGCUCAUUUAUGAGCCCUGAUGAGAUCCUAGACAGAUCCCUGUGUAGCUCUGAUGGUUCAAGUACUUGUGAGGACUUUGUCAGUCUUGUUCAGUCAUGGUUAAGCAAAAUACAGUGGUCAAAACCACUGAGUGGCAUUUUUGGUGAGACCAAUCAGAGUGAAUUAGCAGCUUUCAUGUCAUAUGCCUUGGCGUUCCCGAACAACUUUCUUGCUCUUGUAGAUACAUAUGAUGUAAUGCGGAGUGGAGUCCCCAACUUUUGUGCAGUUGCUUUGGCACUUCGUGACUUGGGGUACAAAGCAGUUGGCAUUAGACUGGACUCUGGUGAUCUAGCAUACUUAUCUAGCGAAGCCCGCAAGAUCUUUCAUACAAUUGAGAAAGAAUUUGGGGUUCCUGGUUUUGGAAAGAUGAGCAUUACUGCUAGUAAUGAUUUGAAUGAGGAAACUUUGGACGCACUAAACAAGCAGGGUCACGAGGUGGAUUGUUUUGGGAUAGGAACCUAUCUGGUCACUUGCUAUGCUCAAGCAGCUUUAGGUUGUGUUUUCAAGCUUGUUGAGAUCAAUAAUCAGCCACGCAUCAAGCUGUCGGAGGAUGUGUCUAAGGUCUCUAUACCAUGCAAGAAACGAUGUUACAGAUUAUAUGGCAAGGAAGGAUAUUCCCUGGUGGACAUAAUGACAGGGGAAAAUGAACCAUGUCCAAAGGUGGGAGAACGUAUUCUAUGCCGUCACCCUUUUAAUGAAUCCAAAAGAGCAUAUGUGGUACCACAGCGUGUGGAAAUGCUUCUGAAGUGUUACUGGCAUGGGAAGUCAGAUAAAGUUAGAGAAGAGUUACCAGCUCUCAAGGACAUUAGGGACCAUUGCAUCAAACAGCUUGAGCAAAUGAGGCCUGAUCACAUCAGGAGAUUAAACCCGACACCAUACAAGGUGAGUGUAAGUGCAAAACUGUAUGAUUUCAUCCACUUCCUGUGGCUCAACGAGGCGCCUGUCGGGGAGCUGCAGUGAGAACCGGAGAUAAUUGACAUGGGAAAGUGUACAAAUUGCAAGAAACAAGUAAUGAUUCCAAUGGAGUUGGAGGAGCUUCUUCAGUCUUUAAUGCAUCAGAUUGUUGUCUACCUUUAACCCUAAUAAUCCAUUGUUUUUCUCUAUGCUUAAUAAAAUGAAUAAUUGAUCUUUC